UCUGUGCAGUUAAAGGCUUUGUCACCAUGGUGUUUCGACUUUGUCUUUGUGUAGUCUUGUUGUUUGCUUGUGGAUAUGCCAACAAAUCCGGUGAUUACUGUCGGGUUUUGGUCAACUACGACACAUUUAAGACAUCCGUAGACCAAUUUCUGGCUUCCAGGGAUGAAGCCUGUGCGAACAAGGACACGAGCAGUGAAAGCAAAGCAACAAGUCUAAAAACGACGGACAAGCGUGUCAUUGACCUUGAGAAACAAAUCGAGAAGCUGUUAAAUGACAACGAGAACAAAGAGGCUCGUCUCGGUUACAUGGAGACAAAACUAGCUAACCAGACGUCAGAGCUGAGUGUAGAUUGUGGUUCUCCAAGUACACUAGAAGGCACAGACGUUGUCUUCAGUCGAACAGAUCUUCUGGCCCAGUACAGAUGCAAGAAGGGGUUGGUGAACAUACACCCUGGUCAACAGACAAUGAGUUUUUGUCAGAAAGACGGGAACUGGACGAUGGUCAACGUGAAGUGUGUCAACCUCUCUGGCUGCUGGACAGCACCUGCUAGGAAAUCGUUAUACACCGGAACUCGAUCAACAACCUUAACCGGCAAGGUCUGUCAGCGAUGGGAUUUUCAGACGCCACACAGUCACACUUAUAAGGAAGACGCGAAGUACUGGAUCCCAGGAUUCGACACACCCCAAACUGUGACAGGCUCUGCUAACUAUUGCCGUGACCCAUCUCGUGCCGGAUUUUUAUGGUGUCACACAAUGGACCGAAAUUCACGCUGGGAAAAGUGUGAUGUACCUAAGUGUAACAUCUAGAGUUGAUUUGGUUACAAAUACGAAACUUGCUCAUUUGAUUUCUGUUCUAGUCCACUCUCCUACCAACGGAAGCAGUUUUGUCUAUACUUUCAGGUCCAUCAGACCAGUAUUCAAGCUCUUUAGUUUCCCAUCUUCUUCUCCUCUAGGGUUUCAGCAAUGUGACCUUCCACAUUGAGGUAAUAAAGCGUUAUAUAACCUGAAAACUGUUUAACGGGAUGUGUAAACCCUCUCACUCUACCUUUUAUGGCAAUGCUUACUUUGAGAAAAGUAAAUGCUUUAUUAUCCCAUGAGAAAUUUGGUUGAAAGUACUAAGAGGCAUUACAGGUGAGAACAGUUGUUGUCAAACAAAUGUCAGCUGGGAUUACACGUGAGAUCACUAUUACUGAACCACUGCAACCUGGCCUUUACUAAACAGUUGCGUUAAACAUCCCCAGUCUCUCUUUUAUUGGUAAUGCUUACUUCAUAUAAGAUUAGUUAAUGCUUUAUGAUCCCAUGGGAGAUUAAGGUGACAGCAGGUCCUCUUUCCUCUAUGGUCGUUGCUCACAGUAUCAAUCACUGGAUUGUGUAGUUCAGCUCGAUUGUUCACAGACCUCCGUUGUAUAGCUAAUUCAUAAACAAAUAAAUACAUGCGUGUUAAGUGAUGAUGUCACAUAUACUGUGAUGGAAAGACUGUAAGUCAAUCUCUGCUUGAUUGUCAUAAAUGAAUAAAGAGUAUCGAAAGAU